AUGGCCCCGCGGAAGCUCGCAGACGCUUCGGUUGACUUAGUGCCGUCGGAGGAUGUGCAACCGGUGUGCUGCUCCUCCAGUCGAGAGCUUGCUCGGGAGAUGGAUGGGCUGCAGCGGUCGCUUGACAAGCGCGACGACUGGGCGGCGCGCUGCCGCUCCUUGAAAAGGUUGCAGGGCCUGGUGCUGGGCAGUGCCCAGCUUGAGGGCUUCGCACCAGCGGUGCUCAGGCUGCGGGAAGUCCUUCUGGCACAGGUCACAGAUCUGCGUUCGGCGCUGGUGCGCGAGGCAUGCGUGGCUCUGCGGCUGCUAGCUGAGGCGUUUGGCAUCGAGAUCGAAGUCCUGGCUGCUUCCGCUCUUGCAGUAUUGAUGCGCAGCACGUCAGUCACAAUCUUGGUCAUAGCGGAGAGCUGCUUCCGCUGUGCUUGUGCCAUUGUUCGAGCCUGUCACGCCCCACGUGUGGUGCAGGCGCUUCUGGAGCCAGUGAAUGCCCGAAGUGGAGUGCAGCGCCAUCGCGGCCUACAGGCUCUCCUUGUGGCGCUGCAGACCCAUCCGACGGAGCGUCUCGAGCGCUCGGCAGAGCUGCUGCAGAAGGCCAUUCGGGAUGGCCUCGAAGACGCUCGGGAGGAGGUCCGCGCCUCGGCCCGGCAAUGCUUCUGGGCCUUCACUCAGAAGUUCGAGGAACGCGGUCUCCGAUUCCUGGCCUUAUUGGAUGCUGGGAGGCAGCGCCAGCUCAAGGCUGAGGCGCCCGCAGGCGGCAGGUUGCAUGCAGGCGCGCCAGCGAGCGCGGCCAAGGCGCGCGCCAGGUCUGCCUCGCAGAAGCGCAUGGAGCCCGAGGCUCUUCGGCCACCGCUGGCUGACGUGACGACUGCCAAGUCACAGGACAAGAGGAGGUUGCUCAGAUCAGCCUCCCACAAGCUGAUGCUCAAGGAGCCGCAGCCAGCUCCAGAGCCGAGCGACACGCCAGAACAGCGGAGAGGAGAGCUGGCCAGCGAGUUCCAGCCGCCACCGCGGCUGCCAUCUGAGCCCGAAGCGGAGCCUCGCGGGCUGGAGGAGCCUUGGCCGGCUCCGCAGCCGGAGCCCCCGGUGGAGUGUGGGAAGGCGCAGCCGCCACCCUCCAUGGAACACCUGGUGAAUGUCUGCCUCGGAGGCGGCGAUGCCGCUGGCCUCGUGGCCGUGCUCCAGCCGGACCAGCCCCAGGCACGACCCAAGGCCUCGCACGCGCUGCGCGCUCUGCACACGGCGCUGCUGGAGGCAAAUGGAGCGCCGUCCCAGCUAGCUGCUGUCGAACUGCUUGACAAGCUGCUCACUGGAUCAGGGCUGGUCCGGGAAGCUGUGGCCGACAAGUGCGUGGCUGCUCCCCUGAUGGCAGCGCUUGCUCGCUGCGCCGUCGGAAGCCGCGCGGCGCAGAGGGUCCUUGGCAGGUGGUUCGUAAGCGAGGAGCCGCCUCCGCCGGCACCACCGAAGCCAAGCCUUGGCAUCCUGCGGCGAGGACCGGGGCCGGGACGUGAGCCGAAGCUGGAGAAGGAGGCGCUUCCUUCCCUGACGGCACUGCUGGCCGCGCGCCCCAAUGCCGAGGCCUCCACCUUGCGUGCCCUGGCUGCUGCGGCCAAGGCGGAAGAUGAAGAGACGUGGAGAAGUCAAGGAGGACGGGUCCUCAUCCUGGCGCUCAACGCCCUCACCGGCAGCAGCUCGGGGCGCGAGGUCCAGGAUGCCUCGAUUCAUUGCAUCCAGGAGAUGAUUCUUCACCACCCGGCCUGCGUGGCAGACUACGCCGAGGUCGUGGCAUGCAAGUUCUUCGAGGUCUCCGGCCGAGCCGGCCCGGAUCGGAGGCUGGCCACGAGCCUGGCUCGUGCUCUGGACCAGUUGCUGGCAUCCGUCGAGCCCUUGCGGGCUCUGGAGAUCCUGUUGCCGCAGGUCUCCCGAAAUUUUGGCCUGCUCUCCGCGACGCUGCGGCGCCUUGCGGCGGAGCAGAUCCUCACGCACUUGGACGUCAUCGUCGCGCCCAUCGUGGGCGCUGCGGAGAGCGACUCCGCUGAGACACGUAAGGCUGCCAUCUUCAGUUUGGUGGAUCUGUACCUGAUUGUGGGCGAGGACGUGAUGAGCUACUUCCGUCAGGAGCUUUCUCCUAGCCAGCUCAAGUUAGUGACGCUGUAUGCCGAGAGGCAGCAGUGCGACAGCAGAGGGGCCACGGUCGAAGCAGACGACUGA